UCGAAGAGGUCAGCGCAACGUUAACGCAACAAUGGUGAGUUAGAUUGGUUGACCUUGCAUCUUGUAACUGGUUUUGUUCUGCUGUAUCCAUGUUCCUAAUUAACAUUAUUCCGUCGUCUUCGCUGUUCCGCAACGUUUAUGAUAGUUGAUACUAUUUGUGAAAAAUCGCAAGAGAAUCGCGGGUUUCCACGCACGUUUUAUUUUUUAUUUUUUUUUGGUGAUAACUAGUCGAUGAAAAAAGACGAAUUAGUUUUACUCACUUGCUCGGCAAGUAUCGCGCGGUUUACUUUUUUCAUUUCUUUAAUGACGCAAAAACGUGUUUAUCGGUCGGUCUGUCUUUGAAAUAGUGUAGAAUUUUUGAUCGAUUUCAUCUCUAUACUACGUGUGUUCGUGUAUUUCGAUUUUUGAAUCAUCUUUUUCGCGUGUUUUGGUGACCGAGCUGUUCGAUGAAGUGAUAAUUUGAUGUGUAGAGUGAAUAAUUGUUUAGUGUGUGUUAUUUUUAUUCCGGUAAAAGAAUUGUUUUUAUUGUGAAUAAGUGAAUGAACAGAGUGCAAAUUGUGGUGAAAUACUCUUCUUAAAAAUAUUGUCUACUCACAGGAUUUGCCAGUUGGCGUUCAGUCCAGAUAAUCCACUGCAAUGAAAGGCUGGUUCAGAGAUGAUGGAGGACCAGCAUUUUAUGGUUACAGCAACCGCACGUCAGUCACGGGUGACAUCAGUAUGGUCGCUUGUUGUUUAGCUUUCCUCACAUUGUAUACGGCAUUCCUCAUUAUAUUUCCCGGCAUUAGGAAACAAAGAUUCACUACUUUUAUUACGGUAACCUUGAGCUUAUUCAUCGGCAAUGUGAUAAUGGUUACAAGGCUGGGUUCAAGCUGGCAUAAAGCAUGCAUUAAGAUCUCAAGCACAUACAGCGUGCUCACCAGAGAAUUAAUCACGGCCGACUUAGGCGUGUAUAUUGGUCUAGGCCAUGUCAACAUAACACUACGAGCCAUACCUCAAGAUAAUUCUAGCAAUGUGGAAGAUAUCAAUUUUAACGAACGGUUUUCUUGGUUCGGUGCCCAUGAGAUGGGCGAAAGUUACCAUGAAGCUUUGGUACGCGGAUUACCGUUUCCUAUUUUGACUGUGGCUGAAUAUUUCAGUCUGGGACAAGAAGGAUUUACGUGGGGUGGAGAGUAUAGAGCUGCUGGAUAUUAUGGAUCUAUUCUACUAUGGGCUGCGUUUGCAUCUUGGCUGCUGAUGAAUUUACUAUUGAUUGUUGUACCGAGAUAUGGAGCUUACGCGAUGAUAAUUACAUCUUUGUUCUUGCUAAUGACGUGUUUCGUCUAUUACGCGCUUCUUCCAGCUAAUCCGUUGAUUAUUAGGUUCGAAGAGAAUAAACAAUUGACUUUCAGUUUCGGUUGGUGUUUCUGGUUAACGUUUUUCUCAGGAUUAGUAUGCGGAUUCAUCGGCGUUGUGAUCGCUUGCGUGGAUCUUAUCUACCCUCAUAGAUUUUCGACUGUCCUGGAGAUCGAUUUCGAUACCCCAUACGACAGACACAUUAUCAUAGAAGACAGUCGUUAUCACAGGAAAAAACGAUCAAAUAAAGGAAACGAAGAAGCUGGACUAGGUCGUCGAAUUUUACGACGUUUAUCAUCUAAGAAAGAUGAAAACGACGAAAAAACAGCUCAAAUGAACGGAAGGGAGAAUCGAGCAUUCGAAAUGGAUCCUCCAAAUUCGCCAUGGCGAUACGCUUAUAAUAGACCGGCCAUAAAAGACGUAGCAUUUAAGAGAACUACCUCUCAGGAUUCUGCAUCGAGUACAGCAUCCUCUAGUAUGGUUGUAACGUUCGUCGAUCAUAAACCUCCUUCGUUGCGGGAUGAGAUGGAAAAAACUAGGAAAAAAAGCACCGAUCAUCCAGCUCGAAGUGUUACCUUAUGGUAAAAGUACUCGUAGGUACUAAUAUUACAUCGAUGCCAUAUAUUUUGUAGCGCUUCGUUUGCAGAUUUCAUUUGAAUGAAAUUCAUCAUCAUCAUCAAUGACACAGUGAAACGAGUGAAAUCAUUAAUACAGAUGAAAUUAUCGCUAUCGUGGUGUUUUUAUAAAAUAAAUAAUUAUGUUCCUAUUUGCAUCGCGAAAUUACAGUUCAUUGCAUCCUGCUUUCAAGGAGUGUUGAUGCUGAUAUUAUGUACUUAGUUUUAAUCGACGAAAACUUUUUCUUACUAGUCAGUUUUUCUUCAUCUGAAUUCUGAAUGGUUUCAUAUGAUCGCUGAAUCCAAAGGUUGAAAGUUAUAUGUAACUUGUAUUUUUUUCUUUACUCUUAUGGCUGGCGAGCUUUUAUAAAUUAAACGUUCAUUUUUUAAAUAUUGUGAUACUCAAAUGGAAAACUAAAUCUCGUUUAGUUCCUUCAGUCGUGAAGAUUAUUGUAGUCUAAUUUGUAGUGCCAAUUUUGUUCUUAAUAAAGUACCAUCGGCGUAUGAUUUAUUUUCGUAGUUUUUUACGCGUAAGCUAUAAGUAGUAAGACGUGACGUUAAAUUAUUAUACGAGUAGGUACGACGAUUUGUAUCGAAAUAUUUAUUUUUUAUAUCGUAAAUAUAUUUUACUUUUUUUUGUA